UUGAAAGCAAACAAGCCUCCUCCUCCUCCUCCCCUGCAGUUCCCCAAACUGGAAGACGACCUGAUGGUGGAAAUUCUGGUCCGCAGCUUCCCGGACCCGAAAUCCGCCGGCCGCUGCAAGCUCGUCUGCAAACGGUGGAGGAACUUAAUCGGCGGCACCCGCUUCAUGCACUGCUUCGCUUCUCGCCACCAGUUUCUCCUAGCCCGUGGGAUUCUCUCCACUCCCAGAAACAAUAUCACCGCCGGUGAGAAUCAGACAUCGAGGUGUUGGGCUGAAUUAAUAUCCUGGGAGCCUCGUGCCUUCGUCUACCACAAUUUCCUCAGCAAGACAGAGUGCGAGCACUUGAUCAGUCAGGCCAAGCCUCAAUUGGCGAGGUCGAAGGUUUUCUGUUCAGAAACUCGGAUGAACAUAGAGAGCAGCAAUCGUACAAGCUCACAAGGAUCUGUAGGCUCGAGCAAUGUCGUUACGGACAUUGAGAAACGGAUUGCUGAUUUCACAUCCAUACCUGUAGAGAAUGGGGAACGUCUUCAUGUCGUUCACUAUGAAGUCGGGCAGAAAUUCGAGCCCCACUUUGACUACUCCCCGAGCGAAUACUACGACAAGACUGGGGGAGCACGCGCAGCUUCUGUUCUUAUGUACCUUAGAAAGGGGGAGAGAUUAGGGCUUUCAGUGAAGCCUAAGAUGGGCGAUGCAUUGGUUUUCUGGAGCAUGAAACCUGAUGGCGGUAUGGAUCCUUCGAGUAUGCAUGCAACGCGUCUUGGGCAGCAACGCCGAGAUGCUUUGAAAGCAAACAAUCCUCCUCCUCCUCCUCCCCAGCAGUUCCCCAAACUGGAAGACGACCUGAUGGUGGAAAUUCUGGUCCGCAGCUUCCCGGACCCGAAAUCCGCCGGCCGCUGCAAGCUCGUCUGCAAGCGGUGGAGGAACUUAAUCGCCGGCACUCGCUUCAAGCACAGCUUCGCUUCUCGCCACCAGUUUCUCCUAGCCCGUGGGAUUCUCUCCAUUCCCAGAAACAAUAUCACCGCCGGUGAGAAUCAGACAUCGAGGUGUUGGGCUGAAUUAAUAUCCUGGGAGCCUCGUGCCUUCAUCUACCACAAUUUCCUCAGCAAGACGGAGUGCGAGCACUUGAUCAGUCGGGCCAAGCCUCAGAACGGGGAACAUCUUAAUGUCGUUCACUAUGAAGUCGGGCAGAAACUCGAGCCCCACUUUGACUACACCGGCCCGCACGAUUACUACACCAAGACUGGGGGAGCACGCGCAGCUUCUAUUCUUAUGUACCUUAGCAGGGAGAAGAAGAGAAAGAGAUUAGGGCUUUCGGUGAAGCCUAAGAUGGGCGAUGCUUUGGUUUUCUGGAACAUAAAACCUGAUGGCAAUGUGGAUCCUUGCAGUAAGCAUGCUGGUUCUGCUGUGAUUAAAGGGGACAAGUGGUUAGCUCUUAAUUUUAUGCGAGUGAAUAAGCGUAAGGUUCAGAAUGGAUAG